ACAAACAUGUUGUUGACGCCACAGUCAGUCAGAGAUACCUGGUCGGCCUGCACGGUCCUCUCUGGCGCGCUACAGGAGAACAGCAUGUUUGUAGAUUGGCUCCGACUGCUGCUGUUGCGUGCUGCACUGAGCAUCUGUGCCUUUUGAGACUUGUAAGUGCGCCUCUGUCAGAGCCACCAGUCAACUUCCCUCAACUCCGACGCGCUCGGCGAGUACAGCAGAGCUACCUUAACCAAAAGAGGCACUGGCUCACCUCACAGCUAAACCCAUGGAAUAAUAACUAUGGAAUACCUCUGGAUACUGCUGUCUGUCUUUUUACAGUUAACCUUCCACCCAGGCAACACCAAGCCUACUAUCACCCCCGCUGGCCCACACAUGGUCGUCUUCCUCAAUGCACCCUUCGAGCUGCGUUGCGAGGGUGUGAGGGCAAUGCAGUGGCAGCGGGAGGAGAGGCCAAAGGUGCGAGGAGAGAAGAAGAUCGAUGGGAUGUCCAUGCUGUACAUCCCCAGGGCCCAGCCUGUUCACAUGGGCCGCUACAUCUGCCUGGAGGAGAGCUCCCAGGAGAAAGCCUCCAUUUAUGUCUAUGUUAAAGAUCCUAACAACCCUUUCAGAAAAUCGUUGGUGUUCAACAUUCUCACUCGGGAAGGAGACACAGCUUCCAUCCCCUGCCUGGCAACUGAUCCAAGGCUGGACAACCUGCGCCUGGAAACAUGUGCUGGUAAAGCUCUGGCCUCUGGUCUCCAGUUUUCUGCAAGCCUGGAGCAAGGCAUCAUCAUCCACAACACACAAAAACCCUAUGAAGGUUGCUAUGUAUGCACAGGAAGACUCAGGGAAGAAUAUGUCAGAUCACAUGACUACCAACUGACAGUAAGACCAGUCCCCAUUGCUCCUCCUGUGAUUGAGAUGCAGGCACCCAAAAGAGUGAUUCUUACCCAGAGUGAGAGUCUCUCCCUCACCUGCAACACCACUAACGUUAAUGGUGAAAUCAAACUUAAGUGGGUCACCCCACCUGGCUCGGGUGCCGUCUGGUAUCCACAGCAACCAGCAAAGGUUGACAGUGCUUCGCGCAUCCUGACGGAGAACUUCACCCACGCACGCAGCGCCACGCUGCACAUCGCCGCAGUCAGACCUCAAGACUCUGGGAGGUACCAGUGUGAAGCUGAGAAUGAAAAAGGGGUCAACAUGCAAGCAGUGUGGCUCGAUGUUUAUGAGAAAGGAUUCAUCAAUUCAACACCUACUAGCAACAGAACCAUCCAGGUCCGCUCAGGCGAGAGUUUACCCCUAAGUGUUGACAUGGAAGCUUAUCCAAAGCCACACACCUUCUCCUGGAGCUUCAUGGGCCACGAGCUGAAGAACACAACUGACCAUGUCAUCACCACACACAGCCACGAAUACAGGUACAGCAGUGAGCUGAGGCUUGUCCGACUGAAAAUGUCAGAGGGUGGAGUUUAUACCUUUCAAGCCUCCAACGGUGAUGCAUCAGUAAACCACACAUUCACCAUCUUUGUGAUCAGUAAACCUGAGAUUGUAUCUCAUGAGGGUCCAGUGGAUGGACAGGUACGCUGCGUGGCGGAGGGGUUCCCUGCCCCGCGGAUCACCUGGUACUACUGUGAGCAGCCUUACGCCAGGUGUUCCCAACAAGUGAAUGCCACCCAGGAGGAGCACAAUGUCAUCACUGUGACGUUGUUCAGCCCCAUGUUUGGGAAAACGGAGGUGGAGAGUCGGGUGAACAUCAGCAGAGGACGGUUCAGUACUCUGGAAUGUGUGGCUACGGUGGAAGGAGAGCAGGCCUACACGCUCUUCUCUAUCAGCGAGAGAACUGUUCAGCAUGAUCUGUUCACCCCUCUGCUAAUUGGCUCUGUAUCAGGAGCAGGCAUCCUCUGCCUCGUCCUUAUCAUGCUGUUCUACAAGUACAUGCAGAAACCCAAAUACCAGAUUCAGUGGAAAGUUAUCGAGGGCAUCCAUGGAAACAACUAUGUGUACAUUGACCCUACCCAACUACCAUAUGAUCACCAGUGGGAGUUCCCGCGAAACAACUUGCGCUUUGGGAAGACACUGGGAUCUGGUGCAUUUGGAAAAGUGGUGGAAGCCACUGCAUAUGGACUCUCCAAAGCAGAUUCAGUCAUGACGGUGGCUGUGAAAAUGCUCAAAUCGAGCGCUCACUCCACAGAGAAAGAGGCGCUGAUGUCAGAGUUGAAAGUCCUCAGUUACUUGGGAAACCACAUGAAUAUUGUCAACCUGCUGGGAGCCUGCACUGUUGGAGGCCCAACACUGGUGAUCACAGAAUACUGCUGCUUUGGAGAUCUUCUUAACCUUCUACGCAGAAAGAGGGAAUCCUUCAUCUGCUUCAAGCUGGAGGAUGACUGCUACUACCGCAACGUCAUGCCGCAAAGAGACGCAGCUGGUGACAGCUUGAAUGGCUACAUGACCAUGAGGCCUUCUGCUGCUGGCAACCUGCCGUUCAGCUCAUCCUCUGAGAAGAGGCGCUCGCUACACAAAGGUGGCUCUUAUGUCGAAGCAGAGUCCGACAGCGAGAUGUUUGAUGAGGACGGUCUGUCUCUGGACACCGAAGACCUUCUCAGCUUCUCGUACCAAGUGGCCAAAGGCAUGGAGUUCUUAGCCUCCAAAAAUUGUAUUCACAGAGACCUGGCUGCCAGAAACAUCCUGGUGACUCAAGGAAGAGUGGCAAAGAUCUGUGACUUUGGCCUGGCCCGAGACAUCAACACAGACUCCAACUAUGUGGUCAAAGGCAACGCGCGUCUGCCAGUGAAAUGGAUGUCUCCAGAAAGUAUCUUUGAGUGUGUGUACACAUUCGAGAGUGAUGUGUGGUCCUAUGGCAUCUUGCUUUGGGAAAUCUUCUCAUUGGGAAGCAGUCCUUAUCCUGGUAUGCCUGUGGAUGCCAAGUUCUACAAACUGAUAAAAGAAGGAUACAGAAUGGAGGCUCCAGAGUUUGCACCCAGUGAAAUGUAUCAGAUUAUGAGGUCCUGCUGGGAUGCUGACCCUGUCAACAGACCCCCCUUCAGGAAGGUUGUGGAAAGGAUUGAACAACAACUGUCAGAUGCCACUAAGCAUAUUUAUCUGAACUUCAGCUCCAGGCUUCCUGUGACACCCAGAGCCAGGGAGGAGACCAGUUCUCAGAGCGCAGCUUUUCACACUCUCAACUCAGCCGGCUGUAACAGCCCUCCAACCCAGCCCUUACUGGUCCAGCACGAGGUCUUCCUGGAGGGGACAACCCUCAGAGCCCAAAAGGUGUAAGGCCUCACCCAGCCUCUCUGGCUGCCUCAUAAAGUGCCUGUAAUGUUCCGCCACAAACCACCCAACCACUACACCCGCCUGCCGCCCCAGUACCAACAACUGUCAGUGUCACAUGUUGCAGACAGAAUGGUAAUUACCAUCUACUACCAGAAAGAACAGCAAAGGACGAAUGGCUUUUAUCAUUAUUAUCACUAUUAUUGCCUACUGAUUACAGGGAGGACAGUUGGACUAAUGCUUCCCUGCUCAGCAAAGAGCCACUCAGGCACCGGGGAAGAUGGUGGGCCAUCAGUGAUUACUCUAAAACUGUCAUUAAGUACAUCAUUACACUGUUAUCUGUUUUGUUUUGUUUUUUUCCAAUUUUUCAGUUACAUUUUUCCUACACAUUCAUAAAGGUUUUUUUGUUGUCUUUUUUUUAGCACUCCAUAUAUAUAACUGUUUCUAUAUAUUGGAGAUUUUUUUCUUUAUGCAUUUUGUGUUUUGUUAUUCUUUGUUGUAUUUCUGUCACGAUAUUUAUGUAGCAUUUUUAUUUUGGUUGGCUGUUGCAGUUGUUGGAGGAAGAAAAAGCACUCAAGGCACUUGAACUUCACAUCAUGAUACACACCACUUAAUGCAGCUUUUGCUCAUUUUUUAUUGUCAGUAUUAUUUCCAACUGUUCAGAUCUAUGUUUAUGAAGGAGAUACUUUUCGGGGGCCAAUUUAAAUUGAAAUAUCGAGACAGUGGUAUAUAAGCUAUUAGACAGCAUGUUUGGUCAUGCUUAGAGUCCAUAAGUGCUACAGGUCGAUUAGGAGACACAUUUCUGCUCUUUUUUUGUUGGAUGUCACUGCCUAGGGAGCAAGUCUCUUUUCUGAAUCUGUUAAGACACACCAUGGAUCAGCUCAUGAUAACUUUACCCACACAGUUGUCUUCAGAGAUAUGGUGUAGACAUGGUACGCUAGCUUUUCAUCUAUGUGCUUGUUGGCUGUAUAUGUGUACAUAUCUGUAGGUAAUGAUAUUAGUCAUUGCUAAAUGAUGAGUUGGGAAGAAAAACGUUAAACAUUAGACAAAGGAGACACUCUGAGAAGCCUGAAACUCUUAGCGUUCGUCCUAGCUUUGUCAUGUAGACAUGUGAUGCUGGUGUAUAGUUUUACUUUUUGCCAGCUGGAUUGCUGGAGAGUUCUCUUAUAUAAGUGUAAAUAACUGUUCAGGUUUCUAUUAUUACUUUGUUGCUACAUCCAGUGUAUGAUCUGCGUUUACAAGCAGGAGACAGGUACUGCCGUUUCUGAGAUGUGUUCCGUGCGAAAUGCCAUUAAGUGGACUGCAGUAUUCCCUAAGGUGACAAGCCAGAGAAAAACGAAGGGUCUUCAAGGCAGAAUGACCAGUGGACACUGGGCACAGAGCUCAGUCUUGGUGUGUUGGUCAUCUCAUUGUUCUCUGAGCAGUAGCUGGUUUCCUAGCAGUCCUUCUCUUCUUUGUAUCCAGCUGUUUCCUCCAUCAGAAGUGGGACUUUCAGCACCUCUCAGCCAGUAGUCUGUGUCAGUCCAGACCAUUAUGAGUCCUCUCUUCCCACUGGUGGAUGUUGUUAUGAAAAGAAUGAGGAAAGUGUCCUGUUUGUGUGUAUGAACCUGUGUGUGUGUGUAUGUACACCUGUACACCUGCUUGUCUUUGUGUGUGUGUCUGUGUGAUUGCAGAACUAAAAGCAUUACUGUCAAGAGGUGCCACUACUAAAGAUUCAUUAAGUCAUUCAGGCUACUAAAACCCCACAGUCUUACUGCUCUGUCUUUUUGUAAAUAUAUAUGUGCUUAUAUUGUAAAGUAAUGUUUAUGCUUUCCAAGAUGUUUAUCCUAAUGAAGAUGUGGUACAAUGAUGCAGAUUUUCUUAAGCUGUAUUUUCCUAUGUGUGCAACUGUAGAUUCAACUGGAAUAGCUGCUUGUGUCUCUGUCACCAUGGUAACUUAAACAGAAUAGAUUCACUUUGGCUAAUGUUUUGAUUUUGGCAAAUUCACCAUAUUAACCAGUCCUGCCAGUUCCUUUGCUCACUGCCACAGCACAACAGUCAUAAUUCAAUUCAAUUCAAUUCAGUUCAGUUUAUUUAUAUAGCGCCAAUUCACAACAAAGGUUUUCUCAUGACACUUUUCAAUUAGAGCAGGUCUAGACCAAACUCUUUAAUAAAAUUGUUGAGAACCAAACAUUCCUCCUUGAGCAAGCGCUUGGCGACAGUGGCGAGAAAAAACUGCCUUAACUGUCAUAACUAAUCCCAAUGGUCAUAUCUGAUCAAUGUUCACAGAAAUACCAAUAAAAACAAUUAUUACUUGAUUUUGCGACAAGGAAGGAGAUGUUUCAAGAUAAUACAGGUCUUUUUUCAUUGCAUUGCUCCACUUGCAUCUAAGAGUUUUCCCUGCAUUUUAUUUCAUAUUUAUUAAAGCUGAGGAUUUAGUGUUACUGUGUAAAUUUGAUGUGUUGCUAAUAAAUGUGUCAAUGUAAAUAAAAUUGUGUAUAUUGAAUUCCCAAA